UGAUCACGCAUGCUCUCCCACGGGCCUUAUUGGCUGGUCACUCUUUGCUUGUCUAUUCUUUUGCGUGUGUUUCUGUGAUAUUCCCGCGUUCCUCUAACCCGUGGCACUGACCCAAGGCCCUGCGUGGGUGAACUUGUCUGCACUUUUUUUAUCUCUCUUUUUUUUUUCCCUCAAAAAAAGUAUCUCUUUUUUUUAUUUUGCAUAAACGAGCCUUCUCCAACGCGUCUCUUUCUGUCUCUUACCCUCUCUCACCAGUUUUUCCUUCCUUGUUGACCUACACCUCACAACCGGCAAACGAUCUAUUACUCCAACUCUCUCACACACAACUACAUUUUGACUUCUUUUUCGACAACAACUGUGCUUGCUUUUGCUAUUCAAUAUGACCGAUACCCAGCUGUCCACGUCCGUUAUCAUUCCUCAGGAACAGCAGCUCUUGAUGCUUACCCAAGGUCAUCAUGUCCCUGUCCAAAAGCAAUCGCUGCAACAGCGUCAACAACAUCAACAAAAUUUAUAUUAUCACCACCAUCACUCUCAGGAUCAGCAAGAGCAGCAUCUCGAUGACACGACACAAGAUUUCUUUAUACAAGAUAUGCCAGACAACUCAGCGGGGAUUAUCCAAGGGCCACCCACACUCCUACAAUUGCAACAUACCACAACAUCUAUACCUCUCGAAGAGGAGCUCAACAUCUAUGAUUAUAUUCAUGCAAAACAAGAAGAUGAGGAUGAGCAUGACAGUCAAGAUCAGGGUCAUACCCAUGCCCACGAGCGCGACCCUCUAUCUGAUUCGUUAUCAUCAAGCAUGGCUGUGGUCGAAGAUAACAUUUCUCCCCGCCAUCACACCACCGUGCGGCAGUCACCUGCUACUUCCCCAUCUAUCUCCUCACCGGUUCUCUCGGCCCAAUCCUCGUCUUCGCCAUUAUUGUCGGCAUUGUCUCCUUCCUCACCUUGCUCAGAGUCUAGAGCCGAACUUCAAGACGACUACUCAGUAGCAGCAACUGUCAAUGAUGGUCAAACAGAGCAGGACACAGCCUUCCAUGAAACGACUCAUAUCAAGCAGGAAAGCUUGGAAAGUACUUCUCUUCUUGCUCACCAUACUGGCUAUAUGGAUACCUCGAUGGAGCUCUACGGAUCUACAGAUCCGUCACUGAUGUCGUCGCAAGCCAGUUUGAUGUCACCUCCACCACAGGAUCUGUUUAGAGUGCUGAUGGAGGAUUUUCAAGCUCAAGCAGCUAUCCAACGCGAAAAGUUUUAUUCUGCAACCACAGGGUCUGGGACGGGUAUGGACUCGGUCGAAUUCUUAUUCAAUGGCCUUCAGUCUCAAGACCGAGUUCAAACGCCUACCGUAUCUACUACAACAAUGCCGACAUCUUUGUCGUCUCAGACGCAGAUGAAGUCUACAUCAGACUACUUGGCAGACGUUAAUGGUGUCCAUCCUGAGAUGUCCUCUUCAAAUGCAUCAGUGGAACAGGAUUCAAGUUACAGCGGCACUCGAUCAACUUCUUCCCCCAUAAAUAUGGACGAUCUUUCUCCACCUUCUGUUAACACAAGAGCAUCCUUGUCUGCUAAUGAGCUUGAAGCAGACAUCUCACUUUCGCCAGCAUUUACAAACUCAUCCUCUCUUUCAUCAGGCUCAGCUACGCCAGUAUUAACAUCGUCAUUCUCACACUCUUCAAAGACCUCGUCUUACUCUUCAGCACCAAGAGCAGCCGUCGUUGGCGUAGCAUUCACCAGAAUUGCCAGUCAGCAUUCAAAGACAAACAAUCGCGCCAGCAAAGCUAGUGAUAGUAUGAACAUUGAUGACAGUCAAAUCUCAAUGGUAUCCCCAACGUCUCAGCAUAGUUUACGGACUACUACAGAACAGCAAACUCGAGGAAGGACAGCAGAAGUGUUCAAGGAAGAAGAGGAUGAUCAAUGGCCGGGUUCUAAUGUGAUCACCAUGCAGCCUGCCCCUAGAAAAAAGCGGAAGAUGAACCGCAAUGCUGAAACUCAAUCUCAAGAAGGAUCACCUAGACUCAACGCUCUGCCUUCGCCCCCCUCCUCGGUGAGGACUACACCCCCUCUGCAACCCAUGGCCGUGGACGGGUGCCCGACAAUUGAUAACUUGAUUUUGCCCGAUGUAUGCUCUAGCCAGAACGAGCCCGUCACACCUACAUCGCCAUUAAUGAUAAAAAUUGAAGCUGAUAUGGAACCGAUAUCUACAGCAAACCUCAGCUCGACUUCAGGAACAGUAACAGUUACUGACAGGGUUGCAGAAACAAUCUCUCUCGCUGAGUCUGCAGAAGUCGAGGUUGGCAAAAAGUCUUCACCCACUAAUGGUGGUAGCAAACGACCUUGGACGGUUGAGGAAGAAAAGUUGCUGUUGAAGCUUGUUGAUGAUAAGGCGCCCAUCAAGGAUAUUGCUGAGACUCUGAAUCGGUCAGUGCAUUCUGUUCGUUCUCGCCGACAGGUCUUGACUGACCCUGGCUUCGUCAAAGGUAAUGGGCAUGCUCAGCCUCGUCGCUCCAAGCCGGAUCCUGCAUCCAAGUUGCCCACAUACUCUCAAAUGGCGUUUUUGUCGCUUGCUCGGUUACCGGAACUUCAAGGAACACUCAAUGAUGUCGCUAGUAUGGUGGAGAAGCUCUUCAGCAGACAUUUAAACCGUAUUCCAAGGACAGGACACAAAAAUCUGCAGAUCUGGAGGGCUCAGAUCUCGGAUGCAUUGGCACAUGAGAAGGGGCAUCCUCGACCCAGAUUCGAGAGCUUUGGUGUCAAGCGUGGCAGGCAAUGGGUCUAUCGUCUAACAGAUUUCGGCAAGGGUGUCAUGAAGGCAAUGGGAUGCGUAGAUCAGAUCUGUGAGGACUUACUAAAGAAUAAUGAGCUGGCCUAUGGUGAAGCAGCUCGUGGACCAGAUGGCGAGAGCAUUGGGACUGGUGGGGCUGAUGCCGGAUUGGGCCAGGGAAACGGAUAUGGAUACAGCUACUGCCCAGAGACGACCUAUAGUAACAAUAACACCAGAGUGACGAAUGGUGUGGCUUCAGCGGGCUCCAAGUUUUCAUCGUCUCCAUCAACUUCUUCAUCUCCCAAGGAGAUGAGUGCUAAGAGUCUAGCUGUAUCGAACGCAAUUGCGAAUGCUAUGGCGGCUAUGGCAGCCGGACUUGCAGCAAUGACGGCCGCUGAGGACGAGAAAUCUGCUGCUGCUGCUGCUGCCGCUUCUGCAGUUACGAUAGCGGGGGCAGAUAUCACCAUGACGGCUAGUGAGGCUAGUGCUACUGCUUCAGGUUCCUCAAAGAGGACAGGACUUGUAGAGACUUCAAGCGCUACAAAGCCCAAAGCCUCGGCUUCUACUACUUUUAAUACCGCCGUUAUAUCCGGCGCAACACGUGGAAGAGCUAAAGCAUAAAACAAGAAGCUCAAGUACUAGUUUGUAGAUCUUGAAAUGGCUAACAAACGCCUGGCCUUGUACAUAAACAAAAAUAAAAAAUUUUAAGCUC